AACUUUGACGGUAAUGCACAAAUAAAGUUUGCCAACCGCCAUAAACAUCCAAGAACCAAAGAACUACAAUCAACUAGCGUCUCUAUGACGUCAUCGACGCGCGACGUCGACAUGCGGGAUACAGGUUUAACCGACUUCUGCGUAGGUUUAACAGCCUUUGUGUGAAAUGGACCCAGAUGUGGACAUAAAUCCUGACACAGAUGACCUUCCGCUCCGAGCCAACACCAACGACAUACUUGUUAGACAUUAUGUUCUGGACCUGACUGUUCAUUUUGACCGGGAGGUCAUCAGCGGAAGUAUCGUUCUUUUCCUGGAGCCUUGCUCAGGAGUGAGGACUGAGGAUCACAUUGGCCCUGGACUUGAUAAAAAGGAUGGAACUGAGGGUAGAAGUAGCCAGGGCAGGUUUGUGGAUAGGCAGGAGGAUGGUAGAAAAGGGAUGAUUCGUGCAAAGCAGGAAAUGUUUGUUGCUGGUGAAGGAGACAGAGAAGAAUUGGAGGCUUUGUUUCAAACUGCAGCAGAAACCCAAAAUGCCCAGUCUUCACAUGUGUGGGAAACGAGCAGUGAUGAUGAUUUUACUGUAGUGCUGGACUGCUGUGACCUUGAUAUUUCAAAGGUCGAGGAAGUGGACGUCACCUUAGUGCCAGCCGCGUCCAGCCUUCUGCCAGAGGCUGCGUCUGGAGCGCGUUCAGGGGACCAACAGGCCGCACUUAUUCAAAGAAUAAUCUCGAUGCCCUCCAGCCGAUGGAGGCAGAAGCAGCAGCUCUUUUCAUUGUGCAGCCGUGCCCCCGGUGCCCAGGCCGGCACCUCACUGCUCUUUCAUCGAGAUCGGUGGAGUUUGCAGGUGAGGAAGAGGGGGACGUCGUCCCCUCAGGACUUCCCCCGUGCGGUUCGGAUCUGCUACGAGACGAGGCCGACGGGCGGCUCUGUGAGGUGGACCAAAGAUCAGGACGGCAGGGUGUGUGUUUACACUGCCGGUUCUCCCAUCAACAACCGAGCCCUCUUCCCCUGCCAGGAGCCGCCUGUUGCCAUGUCAACAUGGCAGGCAACAGUACGGGCCCCCAGUGAGUGUGUGGUUUUGAUGAGUGGGGAGGACCAGGCUGUGCUGACUGAGGACGGGGGCACACCGUUUUCAGUAUGGCAUUACCACGUCACCAUGCCGAUGCCUGCCUCCACCUUCACCCUGGCAGUGGGCCACUGGUGCCAAGUUUCACCAGAACCCCCUCCAGCACCGGCGAGAGGUGUGAGGGACUGCGUGGAAUGUAGUAAGAUGGACAAACCUGGGAUUGGUUCAGGGGAAUGGAGCGAAGCUGGGCUUUUGCCUGGACUUGGAAGCUCCUCCAGUGAAGUAGUAAAGGGCUCUCCACUCCAGACCUGCAGCGGAGACCAGACCACCCGCCCAGAUCCAGCUUUCUGCUACUGUUCCCUUGAGGAUGAGGGGCUCUCUGUAACUGAUUAUUCAGGCAUGGUGGAUGACGGCAUCGGUUGUUCCCAUGGUGACUACCCUUGCCGAUUUGCUGAGCAGUCGGCUAGGUCCCAGCGGGUGAUUCCUCACCGUGUGUUUGGCCCUGUGUGCUUGCUGCAGAAAGCCCAGACGGCCGUCCUCAAGCUGCUGCCCCGGUGUCUGGCUGCGGCCCAUGCUGUUCUAGGGGUCCAUCCCUUUUCACGCCUCGAUGUUCUCAUCAUCCCAGCAGGUUUCUCCAGUCUUGGCAUGGCCAGCCCCCAUAUCAUUUUCCUGUCCCAGAGCGUGUUGAACUGUGGGAGUCCUGGGGCUGGAGAGGACGGCCUGUCGCUCUGUGGGUCCAGGAUAUGCCAUGAGAUUGCCCACUCCUGGUUUGGCCUGGUCAUUGGAGCCAGAGACUGGACCGAGGAGUGGAUCAGCGAGGGCUUUGCCACCUACCUGGAGGACAUCAUCUGGGCUCGAGCACAACAACUCUCCCUACAAGACACAGAAGAACAGUCUGACCUGAAGGCAGUGCUGAGGUGGAGACGACUAUCUGAUGAGUUGCAGAACUCAGAAGAGGAACUUCAGAUCCUCAGGCCCAACAUGGAGAACACUGGUCGGGUCAGUGAGUCGGGCUCCUCCACAGUUAAACAUGCUCUCAACCCUGACAAAACCUUCAUGCAAGUCCACUACCUCAAGGGCUACUUCCUCCUCAGGUUCCUGGCCUGUCAAGUGGGGGAGCAGCCAUUUAUCGCCUUCUUCAGGUUAUUUGUGAAGAAAUACCACGGGCACCUCAUUUUGUCUCAGGAUUUCCUGCGAAUGCUGCUGAUUACGUUUCCCGACAUAGAGCGAGAAGGCCUCUCCCUCAGUGCUAUUUAUGCUGACUGGCUCGAUCGACCGGGAAUUCCAAAGUGGCUGCAUGAGAGGAGCGCCGUAUGGUCACGUUCAAGGCUGGUGGCGGAAGUCAAAGCGGAGGUUGCAAAAUGGAUUCUCCUCAGUCAGAGUCAUCAAGGGAGGAGGCGAAAGCGGAAGAGGAAAGAGCCCAAGGUGAACUACAAAGAGCUGGUGCCGGAGCAGCUGGUGAUGCUUUUGGAGCUCCUGUUGGAGGAAGCGGAGUUGAGCGCCGCGACGCUGCCUCUCCUGCACCGAACCUACGACCUGCAGAGCCGAGACGCUGAGGUGCAACAUCGCUGGUGUGAGCUGGUGGUCAAACAUGCACACACUCAGGCUUAUGGAGAUGUGGAACACUUUCUGAUCCAUAACCAGGCCAUGGGCGUGUACCUGUACGGGGAGCUGAUGCUUCACGAGGACGCUGAGCAGCAGGCCGUGGCUCGUCGCUGCCUCUUGUUGGUCCGGGGAGAAAUGGACCAAUCGGCACGCAGAGUGGUGGAGGAGAUGGUCCUGUGACAGCGGAGGUUGCCGACUACAGACGGAGAUGAUAGGAAUUUGGCUCAGAGGCGUGCGAGAGUCAGCCACUCACCUCCUCUUCCUCUGUGGGAGAGGGGACGCUGCAGAAUCACUCAGCAGUUUGAACACCAGAAGGCUGAGGUUUUCCUCCGCCGCCAAGGCCAACUGGCGAGGUUUCCAGCACAGCAGCUCUGUUCAUUCAAGUUUAAAAGAUAGCUGGCGUGUGGAAAGCACAGACAAUACCAGCAAUUUGUAGUCGUGCAUCAAACCUGAGCUGCUCUGUUACAGUAAGUUAGUUUCCGUGUGCGUGAAUGCAGGUGUCAUUUCACAUCGGUUUGUUCUGAACACGUGGGAGUUUUUAGAUUCAGACCGUAAAACAAACCUUAUACUGUAGUGUCCAUCAAUUUCACACAACUGUUGUCACUCAGGUCAGGGUUUUAUAACUUACAGCACAGUGAUUUUAUUUUCUCUGUAUCUUUUUUUCCAUAUGAAUUUUUUAAAAUAAAUAUUUUUUAAAGUACA